AUGGAUUUCAACCUGCUGGCAGACGCAGAAGCUCGCAGCCCAGACUUGUCUCUCUCGGACUCUGGAACUCCUCAACAUGAGCACAGCUGCAAAGGGCAGGAUCACAGUGACACUGAAAAGUCCCAGCAAAAUCAGACAGAUGACUCCAACACUGAAGAAGGCUCACUCAAGAAGAAGCAGCGAAGACAGAGGACACACUUCACCAGCCAGCAGCUCCAGGAGCUGGAAGCUACUUUCCAGAGAAACCGUUACCCAGACAUGAGCACCAGGGAAGAGAUUGCAGUCUGGACCAACCUAACAGAGGCACGAGUCCGGGUCUGGUUCAAAAACCGCAGAGCCAAGUGGAGGAAGCGAGAGAGGAACCAACAGGCCGAACUGUGCAAGAACAGCUUUGGAGCCCAGUUCAAUGGACUGAUGCAGCCUUAUGACGACAUGUAUUCCAGCUAUUCCUACAACAACUGGGCCACCAAGGGGCUCACCACCAGCCCACUCUCAGCCAAGAGCUUCCCAUUCUUCAACUCCAUGAAUGUCAGUCCCCUCUCUUCCCAGCCCAUGUUCUCCCCACCCAGCUCUAUCGCCUCAAUGACCAUGCCUUCCUCCAUGGUCCCUUCUGCGGUGACUGGAGUACCAGCCUCCAGCCUCAACAACCUGGGAAAUAUCAAUAAUCUGAACAGCCCGAGCCUCAACUCUGCUGUCUCAUCUAGUGCCUGUCCUUAUGCCUCAACAGCCAGCCCCUACAUGUACAGGGACACGUGCAACUCCAGCCUGGCCAGUCUGCGGCUGAAGGCCAAGCAGCAUGCUAACUUCACCUACCCAGCAGUGCAGACAGCUGCUUCCAAUCUGAGCCCUUGCCAAUAUGCCGUUGACAGGCCUGUAUGAAGGGCUGCACCUCCACCAACCAGGGACUUGACUUUAGCCUGAAACAAGGAGACCUUUAGCCCUACAACAGCGUUCGUCCUGCAGAGAAUGGGAGUCAACACUAGACAGCAAGAGAGCAAGUGGUGAGCAGGCAGACGGACCUCUAUGAAGAUUUGUCUAACUAUCGUAUGGUGAAUUUUGACUGUCUCUCCCCUCCUAAAACCCUUCCCCUGUUGCUCACCAAACCUCCUCCUUCAUGAUAAAGAAACCAAAGCAGUCUACUGGAAACAGGAGCCUUGACAUGUGUGGCUCCUGACCUAGGGGCAGCAGAACCAAAUGUGUUUCAGUCUGCCCCUCUGAGCCCCACAAGUGUGAGCUCCCAAUAUCCCCAGGACAGUAUGGUCAGUCAGAUGCCACCCUAGCAGGUAACAACCAGGGACAGGGCAAUAAGGAGGCUGCCAUUCAGGGCUUGGAUGACUCCUUCUCCAGGCACAUGUGUGAGAUUUCAUUUAAAGGCAUCUUGUCCAAUGACUUAUCACACAGCCAGUAAGGAAAGCCUCAUCUCAGUUGAUUGGUCUCUCUUUUUAUAGUGCGGAUAUAUAAAUGGACCUUCAGACUUGAAGCCUUUAGGAACAGGGAGUUGCAAGGAUAUAAAAUAUGUGUGUGUAUAUAUAUAUAUGUAUAUUAUAUAUAUGCAAAUACAUAUGUAGACACUAAAAUAUGUUUUUUUGUUUUGUACAUGAAAUAACUUACAAAGUAGACCUUAAAAGCAAAAAACUCAUAAACCAAGCACAUCCAGUGAGGUGGCAUCCUGCCUGUCACACUUUACUGCUUCAGUCAUUUCCAGUCAGACAGGAACACCUUUGCCAGUGUACACCCACAGCAUCUCCUUUUGCAACAAUCAGCUCCCCCUUGCACAUCUCUUUCCCUUCUCUUCCCUUCUCCAAAUCUCGUUCCCAAAAAAGAAUAAAGUAAAA